CGCCUACCGAAUAGCGACUUAUAGCGAGCAAUUUGUAGUCGUGCACCUAUAUAUCAAAGGUCGUAUAAAUACAAACCAAUUGCACAGUAGAAAAUCAAAUUUAUUUACAAAGUAUAACACACUUCAGUUGCUUUAGCCGAUCAUGAAGACUUUCAUUUUAUCAUUCUUUCUAGCACUCCAUACCAGCACAGUGCUGGUUUCGGCCGCAGCAGCCAGUAGUCGUGAGCGUCGCAUAACAGCCAGAGUAAUUCUAACCUCGUCUGGGCGCGUGAAUGAGUACGACGUUGGGCAAUCCCCGAAUGUAAUGAAGAUGUACGACAUCAGUUACUCAGGUUGCUAUGGUGUGAACCCGUGCAGCUUGCGUGAAAAGACGCCGAUGGCAUCGAUCCAGGCCGAUCCCGAUGGAUCUGAUUCAGACAAGGUCAUGAGGGUGAAGUACGAGGCAGGCCUUUCAGCCAGCGACUCUGGAAUGCAGUUCUACACUACCCAGUUACGGGAUGAAUUCACAGAGAAGGAAAUGAAUGGUGAGGGUACACUCGAGUACAAGGUAUACUUCCCAUCCAAUUUUGAUUGGGUUAAAGGUGGCAAACUUCCAGGACUUUAUGGGGGUGAUUCCAAAACAUGUUCAGCGAACCGAAAGGCUAAUGGGGACAACUGCUUUAGUGCCCGCCUGAUGUGGCGUGAGGGAGGAAAAGGCGAAACAUACUUCUAUCUACCUUUUGGCAUGCAGAAGGAUAGUCUUUGCAGCAAGUGUACCUGGCCAGAGAUGUCUGAGUGUACAGGGAGUACGGAUCACUGCAGCUACCAACGGGGCAAGAAUGACUUCAAAUUCAGAAAGGGCUCAUGGAACAGCAUCAAGCAGUAUAUCCGAAUGAACACACCCGGUGAAAAGGAUGGUCUCUACCGCUUGUCUUUGAACGGCAAGGUUGUCCAUGAAAUCAGUAGCGUCUACUACAGAUCAACAUAUGAUUUAUCUUUAGGGGGGCUGUACUUCUCCACGUUCUUUGGCGGAAACGGUGGAUCUUAUGCACCGGACAACGACAUGUAUGCGUAUUUCAAAGACAUGAGGUUAUCAGUUGGCGACGUUGAUGCAUAAGGGGAUCGACAUGAUUCGAAUAGACUCAUGAUGUGAGUAUAAAUUAGUUAUUCAAGGUCAAAGUAUGACCUAAAUGAUAUAUAAAAUAUGA